CUCCUUUGUGGCCCAGGGAAGCCUCCUCUCUCUCUCUCUCUCUCCUUGGAUCUCUGGAGAAGGGAAAUGAGGAUUCUGUGGAGCCACCCCUUGGAUGCAGCAAUGAAAUCAAUAAUAUAGGAAGAAGAACAUCUCUCUAGGUGAGGAUCUUGCUGAAAUCUUGACCUCACAAACAGAUAAGGAAGGAGAAAAGAUUACUGAAGCAUCUGUAUUGCAAUCACACACCCAUAUCAUGGCUGACAUGAAGGAGAAAGCAUUUAUAUGCCUGGAAUGUGGGAAGAGUUUCACUCAGAGGAAUCAUCUGAAACGACAUCAAAGGACUCACACUGGGGAGAAACCCUAUACAUGCCUGGAGUGUGGGCAGAGCUUCUCUGAGAGUUCAGAACUACAUAGACAUCAAAGGAUUCACACAGGGGAAAAGCCCUAUACAUGCCUGGAGUGUGGGCAGAGCUUCACUAGGAGUGGAAAUCUACAUUCACAUCGAAGGAUUCACACGGGGGAGAAACCCUAUACAUGCCUGGAGUGUGGGCAGAGCUUCACUCAUAGUUCAACUCUACAUAAACAUCAAAGGAUUCACACUGGGGAGAAACCCUAUAAAUGUCUGGAGUGUGGAAAGAGCUUCACUCAGAGUUCAAAUCUACUUGCACAUCAAAGGAGUCACACAGGGGAAAAACCCUAUACAUGCCUGGAGUGUGGAAAGGGCUUCUCUGAGAGUUCAGAUCUACAUAAACAUCAAACGAUUCACACGGGGGAAAAGCCCUAUACAUGCCUGGAGUGUGGGCAGAGCUUCAGUAGUGGUACAAGUCUACGUUCACAUCAAAGGAUUCACACUGGGGAGAAACCCUAUACAUGCCUGGAGUGUGGAAAGAGCUUCUCUCAGAGUUCACAUCUACAUUCACAUCAAUGGAUUCACAAGGGGGAGAAACCCUAUACAUGCCUGGAGUGUGGAAAGAGCUUCUCUCGGAUUGGAAAUCUACAUUCACAUCAAAGGACUCACACUGGUGAGAAACCCUAUACAUGCCUGGAGUGUGGGAAGAGCUUCACUAUGAGUGGAAGUCUACGUACACAUCAAAGGAUUCACACUGGGGAAAAACCCUAUACAUGCCUGGAGUGUGAGAAGAGCUUCCUUAGGUCUUCUGAUCUAGAAAAACAUAGAAGGAUUCACACUGGGGAGAAACCCUAUACAUGCCCGGAGUGUGGAAAGAGUUUCGCUGAGAGUGGAAGUCUACGUACACAUCAAAGGAUUCACACUGGGGAGAAACCCUAUACGUGCCUGGAGUGUGGAAAGAGCUUCAGUGACAGUUCAAAUCUACGUUCACAUCAAAGGAUUCACACUGGGGAGAAACCCUAUACAUGCCUGGAGUGAGGAAAGAGCUGUACUGAGAGUUCAGGAUUCACACUGAGGGAAAAUCCUAUAAAUGCCAUGAGUGAUGACAGAGCUUUACCCAUUGUUUAC